ACCGGAAGGGAGGGCGUUUGUUAUGGGAGUCAUCUAACCAGGAAGUGGGCGAAGAGACAAGCGCUUCGUGAGAAACGACGAACCGAAACGAGAGGCACUCAUUGUUUUCGCCGUAUAUUUUUAUUUUAAUGAACUAGUGCCAAACGGUAUUCUGAGAUGACGUUACUGAAGUUAUUUCUCAUGUCUUGCUGCCUUCCGUAUAUUAGAGGUCAGUUUGAAAACCCGUUGAACAAAUAUAUUCGCCAUUAUGAAGGUUUAUCAUACGACACAGAAGCUCUUCACAGCAGUCAUCAGAGAGCCAAAAGGGCGCUUCUUCCUCAAGACAAGAUGGUGCACUUGGAUUUCCAAGCUCAUGGAAGACAUUUCAACUUACGGCUGAAGAGGGAUACAAAGCUGUUUUCUCCAGAUCUUGUUGUUGAGAUAUCAGGAAAAGAGGAACCCAUCGACACGUCACAUAUAUACAGUGGAGAAAUCUUUGGUGAAGAGGGCACUCUGACUCAUGGCUCUGUGGUCGAUGGACGCUUUGAGGGCUUCAUUAAAACCCACCAAGGAACAUUUUAUGUCGAACCCUCAGAGAGAUAUCUGAAGGACAAGAAUGUACCAUUUCACUCUGUCAUCUAUCAUGAAGAUGACAUUCAUUAUCCUCAUAAGUAUGGCUCAGAGGGAGGCUGCGCUGACCACUCAGUGUUUGAAAGGAUGAAGAAGUACCAGGCAUCUGCAGUUCAGGAGCCAAGCAAUGGUGUAAGCAGAGCAACUGAUGAUGACGGCUCUUAUGGUCCAGUCAUUUUGAGGAAAAAGCGGGCAGCAGGGAAGGAGAAAAAUACCUGCCAACUAUUCAUCCAGACUGACCACACCUUCUUAAAAUACUAUGGCACGAGGGAAGCAGUCAUUGCCCAGAUCUCCAGCCAUGUGAAAGCCAUUGACAGCAUUUACCAGGGCACAGACUUCCAGGGCAUACGGAACAUCAGCUUCAUGGUUAAAAGGGUCAAGAUAAAUACCACAGAAGAUACAACUGACAAAAGUAAUCCUUUUCGCUUCCCAAACAUUGGUGUGGAAAAGUUUCUGGAGCUUAAUUCUGAGCAGAACCAUGAUGACUACUGCCUGGCAUACGUGUUUACUGACAGGGAUUUUGAUGAUGGUGUGCUCGGCUUGGCUUGGGUCGGAGCUCCUUCAGGAAGCUCUGGGGGCAUCUGUGAAAAAAACAAGCUGUAUUCCGACGGCAGAAGGAAGUCUCUCAACACUGGUAUCAUAACUGUGCAGAACUAUGGCGCACAUGUCCCUCCCAAAGUGUCACACAUCACCUUUGCGCAUGAAGUUGGGCACAACUUUGGUUCUCCUCAUGACUCUGGGAUGGAGUGCACUCCUGGAGAGUCUAAGGAGCAGGGCAAAAAGGAGAAGGGAAACUACAUCAUGUACGCCAGAGCUACGUCCGGGGACAAAACGAACAAUAACAGAUUCUCAAUCUGCAGCAUCCGCAAUAUCAGCGCUGUUUUGAUGAAGAAGAGGGAUUCCUGCUUUGUUGAGUCUGGCCAGCCCAUAUGUGGUAAUGGCCUUGUAGAAGACGGAGAAGAGUGUGACUGUGGCUACAGUGAUCAUUGUAAUGAUGACUGCUGUUAUAAUGCCAAUGAAGCAGCAGAAGUAAAGUGCAAACUGAAACCUGGAAAAGUCUGCAGUCCCAGCCAAGGCCCAUGUUGUACACAAGAAUGUGCUUUUAAGGGAACUAAUGAAAGGUGUAGACCGGCAUCUGAAUGUGCUUUGGAAGGCUUCUGCAAUGGACGCACUGCACUGUGUCCAGCCUCUGAAGCAAAGAAAAACCUCACCUCUUGCCAUGCAGACACACAAGUUUGCCAUAAUGGGAUCUGCUCCGGUUCCAUAUGUGAGAAGUAUGGUCUGGAAGUGUGCACCUGUGUUAGCAAAGAUGAUAAGGAUGAAGCAGCUGAGCUUUGCCAUGUUUGUUGCAUGGAAAAAUCUAAUCCAAGCACCUGCAGCAGCACUGGCGCAGAGAAAUGGGAGAAAUUUUUUGGAAAACAAGAGAAAACGUUGCAGCCCGGCUCACCCUGCAACGACUUUAAGGGAUAUUGUGACGUCUUCUCAAAGUGUCGACUUGUGGAUGCAGACGGACCUUUAGCAAAACUGAAGAAAGCUAUUUUUAACCCAGAGCUGUAUGAAAACAUUGCAGACUGGAUUAUGGCUCACUGGUGGGCUGUGCUGCUGAUGGGUAUUGCUCUUAUUAUGCUCAUGGCAGGCUUCAUCAAGGUCUGCAGUGUGCACACCCCAAGCAGCAAUCCCAGACUUCCUAAAGCAAAGGAACUCCCAGGCACUCUGAGAAGAAACAGAGCUCCUCGUGGCCAAGAACGGCGCCCCGCUCAGCAUCACAAUCAAGAACAGGUCCCGAUGAGACAGUGCAGGCACUAAGAUGCUGCUCUGCUCUUUGCCUUUGUUCUUAGUGCCUACAACAGGAGCACUUUACUCCAAAGAGUUACCUUUACCGUGUAAUGUAAAUUUAAAAGACUUUUGAACUGAAGAUGUUUUAUUGUUGGGGCGGCAGACUUUCCCCACCUCUACCCCCAGAGCCAUAUUAAUAAUGGUUCACAAAGCUUUUAUAAGAAACAAAUCUUUCAACAACAGACCUGGGGAAGUUUGCAUGUUUGGUUUUUCCAUUUGGCCUUUCUAAUCUUUCUUUUUUUUGUCUUUGAAAAUUUAUUUCCUGAUAUUUUAUUAGAAUGGAUGAGAGAAAUGUGGUUUUGUGAGUGUGGCCUUGCUUUUUUUUUUCCCCAGUCUGCACCUCUUCUCUGAGAUCCCCCCCAUCAGUACGACGGCAGCUUAAUGUCAGUACAUCAGUUCUAGCUUAUAGUUAAAACUAUUCUGUUGACAUUAAUGUUGGAUGAUUUGUUUUCAAACCAAAUACUUUCAGAACAACCUUUGAUACUUUUUUUAGGCAAACAUCUUAAUUGCAUGAGGUAAGUGUUUCCCACUUAUUUCAGAGGAAAAGUAAUUUCUUAAGGGUCAAGGUUGUCUACUGUUCUAAUUCACUUUCUCAGGAUUACUAUAUGAAUAUGGCUCCAGUGUAAGAAUGGAUGCAUGCAUGUUUCAGGGUGAAUUCUAUAUUUUACACUGGUAUGAUGUCCAAGACAGGUUGCAUGAGAAGACUUCUGACUGAUUCUUGUGAAAUUAUGGAGUCACCUCUAACCCAAAGAGGCAGAGUUUAAACAUCUGUGAGGUGGUUUUGCUUUUGUGCACAGAACCAAAGCCUCAUUUUUAUUUGAUAGAUUGUACCACGCCUUGACUCAUUCUCUAGCAAACUGGACAGCUUUUAAGGAAAAGGCCCAAAUAUAACCAUCUGAAACCAGUAGGUUCAGCGCUCAGCCUCAACAGCCUGUGAAAGAACUAUGUUGGUUUGAAUGUAAGUGGAGGUUUUUAUUUUAGUGAAAUUUAUUGCAGGUGACUGUAUACGUGGAAGAUCUGAGUCUUACUGAGGGAGGGGUCUAGUUUUUAUUUGCUCUACUGCUGCUCUUAAUGAUCUUAUGAGAGAACAAUCACUAUGUCUUCUGCUAAUGGUCUUUUUGAUUUACUCUGGGUUUUCCACUGAGAAGUUUUAUUGUGCUUUUCUGCGCCAUCUUGGCAUCUGCUUUAAAAGUGCCUUUGUUAAGCAGCAUGACUAAAAUU